ACCACUGGAGACAAGAUGACAAUCCUCACUAACAGAAGAAAAACAGCACCACCCCCGACCUUCCCAACAUCCAAUCUAUCGACUCCUGGGUUUACCAUGUCACCCCUUCCUCCAACCUCGCCACUCUCGCCUAUAAACCCUACAACUCCACAUGAUACAUACUCUGUAACACGUGGUCUGCACCACGUGACACUGUCUUCUACUACAUCGUCCAUGUCACGUGACUUACACACCUUAACAUCCCUUCCUGACACGACAUCUUCUCUGCAAGGACCCCAAAACCUAGUCUGGAAGCCAAACAUAUCUCCAGAAAAGCUUUCAGCUAAUGGGAUUUAUAGUGAAACAGCGGACCUCGCCAUAGCUUCCUUAACGGUCCUUCUCAUUCUAAUCGGCCUCAUAGGUAACUCUACCUCUCUGGUGUACUUCUGGCAGCAGAGGAAGAAAGCUAUCCAUCCCAAACUGUACACCAUGAUCUGUGCGGUAGAUAUCUGCUCCUGUAUCACCGCUAUACCUGUCAUUAUAUCCCUCUUCAACUCCCGUACCCCCGUGUUAUUCGAAGAUAACGUGUUCUGUGCCACCUGGACUGUGGCUAUGACUGUUCUUCUGAAACUCGCCAUGUUCUUGGUUAUGAUAGUGAGUGUCACCAGAACGAUAGCCAUGACAUUCCCACUUCGAAAGAUAAGAGCUGAUGUUGUUAUCAAGGUUAUCAUUGCUUACAUGACCUUCAUCUGUUUUGUUGAUGUGGUUGUUUUGUCUGCUGGUUGGUUUGAGACGAAGUUUAAAGAGGAUGUGAGCAUGUGCGAGAUUCGCCCUAAAGGAGAGAGAGUUCCCAUACAUUAUGUGUACUCCUUGGCUGUUCAAACAGAGCUGCUUCUUUCUUCUGUUCUGGUCUUCAGCAGCUUUGCAUACGGUACUUUUCGUCUUGUAACAAAGAGAAGCCAGAGGAAUUCACGGAGAACAACCAAGAACAAUUUCCAGGCAAAAGAAGACGCCAUGUUUGUACAAGUUACAGUUACAAUCGCCAUCUUUACAGCCGUGUUUCUGAUGUGUAAUCUACCUGGUUUUAUCCUGCAGCUGACUUACUUUCUCGGACAGUUUGCACAAUUUAAAGUCGAUGACGUCAUGAUUGAGAGUAGAUUUUUGUGGUGGUACAGCCACAUCGUCUUUUAUUUCUUCUGUGGUCUGCUGAAUGCGGCCAUCAAUCCCUUCCUGUACUUCAGUAGGAUGCCUAACUAUAGGAACUGGACAACUGAACAAACAUUGAAUGUCCAGAAGAUGAACAGAACCACGUCAACACCUCCACCGUCCUUCACAUUAUCCGUAUCAAGGACUAAAGCAUCUGUGUGAUUUACUCAGUCCAUGUGUGGUUUACUCAGUCAGUGAUUGAAAUAUGGUUGGUUGGAGAACUUUGUGGGGGCCAAUGGCAUAAAA